AUGAGGAUGGUCUUCAUCUUCAACGUCAACUUUCUCGAGUCGCGGGUGCUGAAGCACUGUCUCGAAAGCUUCUACGGAAUUGGCACACAACACUCCUCCCGACUGCUAGCCAAACACUCCAUCUUCCCGGGCGCCAAAGUCGGCGACCUUCCCUCCAAGACGGUGUUGGCCUUGAACGCCGACCUGACCGCUAUGAAGAUCGAGAAUGACCUCCGCCGCGAGGUGCGCAGCAAUAUUGCGCGCCUCAAGGACAUGGGCAGUUAUCGCGGGAGGAGGCAUGCCAUGGGGUAUCCGGUUCGGGGACAGCGCACGAGGAGCCAGAUCUUGACGUCGAGGAAGUUGAAUCGCGUGGAUCGAGCGGGUUAG